AUGGAGACGAGGUCUGGUUCCAGGCCAGGAUUACUUGAACAUGAAAUAUCAUCCAGCGUGGAUGCCGGUCGAAACCCGCGUUUUAAAGAUUCUAUUUCGAUCCUUCCCUUCCUUGGUGGCAUCGCGAGUCCUGGGAGGGAUGUUCAAGAAGAGACGCUGCUCUUCUGUACUUUGCCCAAAAGAAGCAUCUUUAUCUGGGGAUCGUCGUGGUGUGGGGUGCAGUGGGAGACACUCCUGACUAGGCCCACAGGCGCGAGCUGUCCUUUCCCGCACAGCCAGCCCGGCCUGCGUGGUGGGAGGUCAGCGGGGACUCAGCCCUCUUCACCAACUAACAUCUUUGAGCUGGCGCCCUGGGCUUCCUUUCAACAACCCGGCCCGCACACUGCAAGGCUGGGCUUCACCCUGGACUCACGCGUGGGCGCGCACACACCCUUCUGCCCGUCCCACGCAGGUGACAAACGUACACAGGCCAGGUCCCGGCGCAGGACCAGCACACGCGCGGGCGCCUUGUCUCACACGGAUCCAACCGAGAACCGCCCCAAGGAACGCCUAACCUUUUCGGGACGCCGCUUCGCUGCUGCCCAGGACAGAACCCGUCUCCCUUUCGUCCUGGGGUCCCCUGAGGAGGACGCCCCUCCCCAGCCACCCAGGGCUGUGCCACUCGGCUCUUUGGCGAUGCUGUGUACUUCGGAGACAGCAGUGACCCAGUCGGUAAUCCUCCCAACAGAACGGGGGUUUCUAGCAGAGAACCAACAGCUCCUCGGGAAACUUUUAAGAAUACUUCUGAUCAGGCCAGGGAUUUAGCUCAGUGGUUCGGUGGCCUGCCUUGCAAGCGCAAGGACCCAAG